CAAACCAAAUAAAGCAAAGAUCUCCCUCAAAUAUUUGCUUCUUUAAUUACUCCUAAAUCCAUUUUAUUUCCUUCUAAUUUCCUCCUCUCUAAACUCUCCUCUACUUAGCCCCAGCGUUGUGGUACAUAUUUGAUCGGUUAAGUGAUCACUAGCUAGCUAGAGCUUAAUCCAUAGCUCCGGCCGACGAAUGGAGAUCGUCGACGUCGGAUCCUUGAUCACAGAAGCAAGAUCGACGGUCAAAACAAGAGCGCAUCGCAGUCACAGUGAGGCCGAAAGGAAGCGUAGGCAGCGCAUCAACUCCCAUCUCGCCACCCUGCGUACAAUUAUCCCAUCAGCCGCCAGGAUGGACAAAGCGACGCUGCUGGGCGAGGUGGUGAGGCAAGUGAGAGAGCUGCAUGAGAUGACGGAAGACGUGGCCGUGGUGGUCCCCACCGAGGCCGACGGGGUCCACGUAGAAGAGGAGGGCGGUCUAGUCAGGGCCUGGAUCUGUUGUCCGGACCGGCCCGGUCUGCUGACUGAUGUGGACCGGGCGGUCGGUUCGGUUCAUGCGAGGACGGUUCGAGCUGAGAUCUCAACGAUUGGGGGUCGAACCAGGAGCCAGCUCGAGCUCGAGUCGGAGUCGGGGGUUGAAGAGGACCGGUCCGUGCUCUUUGCUGGUCUCCGGUCUGUUUUGGCCGGUUUGGUUGUUGGGGAUCAGUGCAAGAGGCAACGCCUCUAGUUUAGGUUGUUGACGUUUUUACUCUUGUUUAGGGGUUAAUUAGAAAAAAAACUUACUUUUUAACGUUAAAAAAAACCAUUGGCAUGGGGUUUGCGGGUUGUGGAUCUGAAUGUUAUAGACAAACUGACGAAGAUGAUUUAAUCGUAAGCGCUUGAGGUUACUGUACGUAGGGGUGGGAAACGAUCGGAUCGAAUCGAAUACUGAGGUGUUCAUGUUUGUAUUUGUUUAAAAUUGUUGAA